AUGGCUCUGUACGAGAUAUACUCGCACCCCGCGCUUAUACAAUACAGAUCCAGGGUCUGCUCCAAAGCCACGCUCUUUCUGCUGCUGGUUCUGGGACUAACCUACAUCCCUCCGUUGUUAGUCGCCUAUAGAAGCCACGGUUUCUGGUUAAAGCAAAGCACCUAUGAAGAGCAGCCCAAUGUCCGCUUCCGGUACGAGGCCCUACUGAUUGCCAUGAACGACCUCAGUGGGGGGUAUGUGGCAUGGAGCACGUUCCAGGAGUUUAACAGCUUGGUCGGAGACAGACUCAGAUUGCCUCUGGUGUCGGCCAGGGAAGAAGACAAGAACCAAGAUGGCAAAAUGGACCAACUGUAUUUCAGAUUGGAGCUACCUCUCCAGGCCACAGAGAAUAUUUACGGCGUGCAGCUUAUUCUAACCUUCUCCUACCAGCUGUAUAGGAUGUCAACGUUUGUAAUGCAGAGCAUGGUGCUGAUUCAGCACUCCUCACCCAUUCCUGGAGCGCAGCUUUAUAUCAAUGGAGACCUGAGACUGCAGCAAAGAGAACCCCUCAAGCACCAGGGACUGGACACAAGAUACAAUUUCACUGUGAUUAACGGAACAAGCCCUUUCGCGAGUGCCUACGAGCUCACAAACAUAAUUGCCGUUUACCAGGAGAGAAACGUUACUACCAUCCUGAACAACCCUAGCCCAGCCUGGCUUGUAGGAAGAGCUGUGUCUGACCCGUUUGUAAUUAACGCAAUUAUCCGAUAUCCAGUGGAAUCGAUUUCAUAUCUGCCGGGCUUCUGGGAGAUGAUAAAGUUUGCUUGGAUCCAAUAUGUCAGCGUCCUGCUGAUUUUCCUGUGGGUUUUUGAGAGGAUUAAAAUCUUCGUCUUCCAAAAUCAAGUGUUGACCACCGUACCAGCCCAGAUGCCGGCGUCGUUCAAAAUUCACCAGAGCUGAUCACCACGGGGUUGUUGCUACUAUGCGUGAAAGCAGAAAUCAUCACAUUUCACAGUAUUUUAAUAACAAGGGAUGUACGUUGGAUAAGGUAUCGGUAUUUCACUACAAUCUGAUGGUUACCUUUUUGAAAUGCCCGUGUGAUUGACGGUGAAACUGUCCCUCGCAAAAUGAAAUUUAAUGGUAAUGUUAAGUAA